UCUUAUAAAGGCAGCAAUGGAUGUGUCUCUGUUAGUGAUGAUCCUAGCUGUUCCGGGUCUAUGGCAUAUACUACAUCGUGUGCUGGGUUGGCUGAACCACUUCCAAAUGAUAAUCCAGUGUCUGACAUGUUAGUUGAUUCAUUUGGAAGGAUGCACACUUACUUGAGAAUUUCUUUGACAGAACGCUGUAAUCUAAGGUGUCAAUACUGUAUGCCAGCUGAAGGUGUUGAACUAACUCCCAAUUCUAAGCUUUUGUCUAGAAACGAAAUCAUUCGGCUGGCAAAUAUUUUUUUGUUGCUUCUGGGGUGAAUAAAAAUAAGGCUGACAGGUGGAGAGCCGACAAUAAGGUCAGAUAUUGAAGAUAUAUGCUCACAGCUUUCUAGCUUAAAGGGAUUGAAAACAUUAGCUAUGACCACAAAUGGACUAGUACUCACUCGGAAACUUCCAAAAUUGAAAGAACGCGGUCUCAAUUCAAUAAAUAUCAGCCUGGACACUUUGGUUCCAGCAAAGUUUGAGUUCAUGACCAGGCGUAAAGGGCACAAUAAGGUGUUGGAGUCAAUUGAUGCUGCUGUGGAUCUUGGUUUUAGGCCUGUGAAAGUGAAUUGUGUUGUAAUUCGUGGAGUAAAUGAUGAGGAGAUCUGCGAUUUUGUUGAAUUGACACGAGACAAGCCAAUCAAUGUUCGGUUUAUUGAGUUCAUGCCCUUUGAUGGAAAUGUGUGGUCUAGUAAAAAGCUUGUUUCUUAUGCGGAGAUGAUGGAUACAGUGCGUCAGCAGUUCAAUAGCAUUAAGAGGCUCAAAGAUCACCCGACUGACACUGCAAAAAAUUUCAUGAUAGAUGGCCACUGUGGAACCGUCUCUUUUAUCACCUCAAUGACUGAGAACUUUUGUGCUGGUUGCAAUAGAAUACGGCUCUUGGCUGAUGGGAACUUCAAAGUGUGUCUCUUUGGACCAUCUGAGGUGAGUUUAAGAGAUCCACUUCGUGCUGGUAUUGAUGAUCUUGGACUGAAGGAAAUUAUUGGGGCUGCGAUAAAGAGAAAGAAAGCUGCUCAUGCUGGGAUGUUCGAUAUCGCAAAGACAUCAAAUCGGCCUAUGAUUCAUAUCGGUGGUUAAGUCAAUUUACCCAGGAGAAAAAUUGUUUGGAUAUCAGUAAUAUUACUCAAACUAAACUAUAUAUUAUGGCAUCAAAUAAUCGGUUUCUUAUCCAAAAUAAUUGGUUCACGUGUGUCUCUUAUUGGUGUGAGCUUAAAGCAUGCAUAUGAAUGAAGGUUCCCUGCCGAUGAUAUAUAUUUAAUGGCGGGGUUGGUAAUAAUUUGCACAACAUUU